UUUUGACAGCUCAGCAUCGGCUGCUUGCGAAAUCCGUUAUUCGUUAUCCAAAAGUGCAAUAAACCCCAUUAAAACUUUCAUUUCCCAGCUUUGUUCUUGGAAUUUUUGCUUCUUGUAUUGGUUAAUCGCCAAAAAUGGCCAGGCAUUUUAAAGAACAAGAUAUUGCAGAAUUCAGAGACUGUUUUUCAUUGUAUGCAAGAAAUGACUAUGUUGAUAGCUUGCAAACGUUAAUGGUCAUCAUGAGAUCCCUCAGGACAAGUCCCACACCACCUGAACUAAAGCAGUACAUGAAAAAUGGGAAAAUAUCCUUUGCUGAUUUUCUAGAAAUCAUGCAUACUCAUACUGUAAAAGAAAAGUCAUCCAGGGAUAUCCAGGCAGCAUUUAAAGCUGCUGAUACACAUGGAAGAGGUGUUAUCUCCUACAAAGAGUUGCACCAUAUUCUCAGUGGCUGGGGAGAAAAGCUCACAGCCAAAGAAGUUGAGCAAAUUUUUCGUGAAGCACACAUAAAGCCAAAUGCACCAGUGAAAUAUGAAGAUUUCAUCAAGGUUGUUACCUCCCCAGUUCCAGACUAUUAUUACUAAAAUAAAAAUAAAAAACUGUUCUAUUUUUACUUCAGCAUUCCAUUUAGUUUUAUUAACUAUUAUCUUUAAAAAUAAGAUAAUGAACAAGUACAAGGAACAUUGAAUACAAGGAAAUUUUUAAUC